GGCGACGUCGACGACGGGAACAACACACACGACUGACUUUGCAGCACGACGGAUUGGCUUCCUCCUCUUCUUCUUCUCAACACGCAACGCAGCAGAGCAAAUCAAGAUGGUCUGGCUCAACGAUCAACAAAAAAUCGGCGUCGGUCUCGUCUCUUUGGGCUCCCUCUUCCUCAUCCUCGGAAUCAUCCUCUUCUUCGAUGCUGCCCUCCUCGCCCUGGGCAACGUCCUCUUCACCUCGGGCAUUACCCUCCUCAUAGGUCCGCAGAAGACCUUCUACUUCUUUGCUCGCAAGCAGAAGAUAAGGGGUACGGUGUGCUUCUUUACGGGAAUGGUGCUCGUCUUCUUGAGGUGGACCUUCAUUGGGAUGUUGGUCGAGGGGUUCGGGUUUUUGAACCUUUUCGGCGACUUUUUCCCUGUGAUCCUCAACUUUAUGCGUCAACUCCCCUUCAUCGGAUCCUUCCUCAAUGCGCCCGGAGUAAGAGAGGUCUGCGACAAGCUGGCAGGCGCACGGACAUCGGCGGUAUAGAAGGGUAGAGAGCGAAUGAUGUGGAUGGAUUGACGCGCAUCGACAGCUGGACCAACAUUGUACCAUAGCGUACCUCUAACCCCCCUUUCGCCCUCCCAAUACCAUCGCACUUUACCACGCCACGCUCACUGACCAGCCGUGGCCCUUAGCCGGUCCAAGAGGAGCUUCCAACGCUGCCUCACGC